AUGAUUGAGGGAUUUGAUGAUUUAGAAAGGCUAGAAUACAGCACGAACGAAAUUAUUUCGUCAUUUACCUCAGAGAAGUGGUACACUCGCUUCUUUGGCAGCGACGGGAACGCCUGCCCAGCACUCUCCCACCAUCUGCUGAGCCGCUACGAGGCCUGGGAGGAGAGGAUUGAGGCCUGGCAGGGGCCCAUUUUGGCGAACAGCGACCUGCCACCCUGGUACAAGUCGGCCCUCUUCAAUGAGCUCUACUUCCUGGCCGAUGGAGGCACCAUCUGGCUGGAGCUGCUGCACGAGGACAAGGAGGCCCUGCAGGAGGCCCGGGGACUCUCCAAGCUGCUCCCGGUCUUGCAAGAGUACGGCAGGUUUGCCUACCUGGAAGGCCAGGAGUACCGUAUGUACAACACUUACGACGUCCACUUCUACGCCUCCUUUGCGCUCGCCAUGCUGUGGCCCAAGCUGGAGCUCAGCCUGCAGUACGACAUGGCUGCUGCAGUGCUGAAUGAGGACGCUCGCCCUCGGCAGUACCUCAUGAGCGGACAGACGGCCCCGGUGAAGCUGCGCAACGUUGUUCCCCACGACAUCGGAGAGCCAG